AUGAAAGAUCUAGGGAGACUCAAAUAUUUCAUUGGGAUUGAAAUUCUAAGAUCAGAACAGGGGAUUUUCAUGGACCAAAAGAAGUAUGUCCUCGAUUUACUAGCCGGAACCGGUAUGGUUGAUUGCAAACCAGCAGACACUCUGAUGAUUGUGAAUCAAAAACUUUAUAUGGAGGAAAAAGCAGACCUUGCCGACAAAGGAAUAUACCAACAAAUGGUAGGAAAAUUGAUAUAUCUCUCACACACCCGACCCGAUAUAGCAUAUGCUAUAGGAGUGGUAAGUCAGUUUAUGCAUCAACCCCAAAAGGCUCACAUGGAAGCAGUCUUAAGAAUUAUAAGAUAUAUAAAGGGCACGGCAGGGCAUGGAGUCUUGUUCAAACCAAACGGGCAUCUUGAAACUCAACUGUAUACCGAUGCAGAUUGGGCAGGGGAUAAAGGCAACCGAAGAUCCAUCGCAGGAUACUUUACCUUAGUUGGUGGAAAUCUAGUUACGUGGAGAAGCAAGAAACAAAAGGUGGUGGCCCUUUCAAGUGUACAAGCUGAGUUCCGGGGAAUUGCAAGGGGGAUAACUGAAGUGCUAUGA